AUGGCGACCACCAAUGGAUCAGAGCAAAAGCCCAAGAUGCAAUACCAAAACCUUGGUUCGAGCGGACUGAAGGUGUCCAAAGUGAUUGUUGGAGCCAUGAGCUACGGUUCGCCGGAUUGGCAAGGGUGGGUGUUGAAUGAAGAACAAUCCCUCCCACUCCUCAAGCACGCCUACGACUGCGGCAUCAACACCUGGGACACCGCCGACGUCUACUCCAACGGCGCCUCCGAACGCAUCAUCGCCAAAGCCAUCGACCAAUUCUCCAUCCCCCGCUCCAACCUCGUCCUCCUCUCCAAAUGCUACUUCGGCGUCUCCAAAGACGGCUCUCAACCCCCCAUCGCCGCGGUCUCCUCCAACGACGGGCCCAUGGUGAACCAAGUCGGGCUGUCGCGGAAACACAUCUUCGACGCUGUGGAGGCUUCUGUGAAGAGGCUAGGGACGUAUAUCGAUGUACUGCAGAUCCAUCGGUUGGAUCGCGGGACGCCGAAGAGGGAAAUUAUGAAGGCGUUGAAUGAUGUGGUUGAGAAGGGGUGGGUGCGGUAUAUCGGCGCCAGCUCGAUGGCGGCGUGGGAGUUCCAGGAAUUGCAGUGGAUCGCGAAGACGAACGGCUGGCACGAGUUCAUCUCCAUGCAGAAUUACCACAACCUCAUCUACCGCGAGGAAGAGCGAGAAAUGAUACCCUACUGCAAAUCCACCGGCGUGGGCCUCAUCCCGUGGUCCCCCGUCGCACGAGGCGCCUUGACACGACCAUGGAAUCAGCGGGACACGAAACGCGAAGAAACAGACGCUUCGCUCAAACGCAUGAUCCGAUCGCAGGAGAACCAGGUGGACAAGGCGAUUAUCGAUCGCGUGGAAGAGGUGGCGAAGAAGCGGGGCGUGAGUAUGGCGUGUAUCGCGACGGCGUGGAGUAUUCACAAGGGGUGUUGUCCGAUUAUUGGGUUGAGCUCGAAGGAGAGGGUGGAGCAGGCGGUGGAGAAUUCGGUGUUUGAGUUGGGGGAGGAGGAGGUCAAGUAUCUUGAGGAACCUUAUAUGCCCAAGGUUGUACAGGGUUACUAG